UCACCAUCCAGUGGCAGCAAACUUGAAUUAAAGGACCGUGCAUCUGAUUCAAAAGAGAAAUCAAGUGCAAGUGAAUCUGCAAGAGCUGGCAAGUGAAAGCUGUAUAAUAUUUUUGGAUGAUUAUCUGUGUUGUGGAUGAGUGUUAUUCUUCACUCACUUACAUAGUGUUGGCUUUGUUGGAUGGGAAACAUUCUUUGUUGAAUUAACUGCUAAUCAGUGCUGUCUGAAAUUAAUGAUAGGCAGUCGAUCAGGCUAAAACAUCCUACAUAUAUGAAGAAAACUAUUUUAAACUGAAAAUCUUACAAGUAGUGACUAUCAGCAAUUGUCUAAAAGCAGCUUAGUUUUCUUACGGGUUGUUUUGGCUUGGUUGGUGGCGUUUUUAAGGCUUCAUAGAACAGUCAAACCAACUCCAUAACAACACCCCCUCCCCUCAGGAGGUUUGACUGUAUUGCUAAAAAGAGCUCAAAUAAUUCCAGCGGGCAUUUUAGUUGUAGGUGUUUUUAGCCAAAGUAAAGUAAUUUUAAUACAGGUGCAAGCAGGGUGCAAAGAAAGUAAUUUUUACAGCUUGCCAUUCGAGCAAGCUGCUGCUAGAAUUUACUAGCCCAGAGGUCAUUUCAACUGGCCCCGAAAUUUUUUUGAUGAGCAGAAUUGAUUUCACAGUUCUUUUGUAAGAUGAAUUCCUCAAAAUACUUCACUUACCCAUCGGGCAAGUUAAGAACAGAUUUCACUCGCCCAAUGGCAAAAUCCACCAUCUCUGGGCUAUCGGACACCACUUUCUUUGCACACUAUGCAAGGUUACCUUAGAAUUUUAUUUAAUUACUGUACUGCUUUGAUGAAAGUAUUCUGGCCUUAAAAACGUAAUACAGUGCUUAUAGAUUAAUCCUGUUUUGUGGGGAAAUCAAUAUAUGGAAGCAAUUGGUCUGUUUCACUGUCAUUACUGUAACUGUAAUGUAACUUUUGUUUGUUUGUUUGACUUUUUUUCUGUGAUAGUGAUGGUCUUUUAAAUGUAAGAAAUUUUAAAAAUUGUUGAUGAAAUUACCAGUAAGCUAUAUUUUUUAAUUUAAAGAUACAAAAACAGGAAAUGUGUGACCUGUCAUCAGGUUGCCCUUCUCUCCUAAAUUUGUUUUGGAGGUUUCCCUUUCCCCAUCUGCUGACUUUUGCGCUUUCUCCAUAAAAGAACACCUGAAUUGCCGGUUACGAACUCUGGAAACUGGCAUGCAUGUAUAAAAACUCCAAAAAAAAAAAAAUAGGUACCUCUCACUGUGAAUUUGUCUAGCCUUUGAUACGAGCCACGACACAGAAAAGCUGAAACUGGGACUUUAACACC